AUGAAAUUUAAUCUGACGAGAAGCUCGGAUGAAGCCGUCUGCGUGUUUCAAGGCACAGACGAUGAUCACACGCUUUCGAUGAUCCUCUUACACCCCUGGGGAGCAGUAGUUGGUUUGGUUUGGAAGGGUUCUUGGCAGAUUGUAUGGCUUGCGCCAAAAAGCUUUUGCGAGGUACCAAAUUAUUGUGGCAAGAAUUCCUUCUGUUGCGCCACUGAACCGGUGGACCCGGACACGUUCAUGUCCAUGCCCAAGGCCACGUGUAAGUGCAUUCUAGGUUACCACCCGAUGAAAUCAGGAGAGAGCAUUGGGGUGCGUCCGUGCGAGAGGCAGGCAGAGCUUAGCUGCUCUGCUAAUGAGUUUCAUCCGUUCAAAACAGUCAAGUUGCCCGCCACUGCUAGCACCAAUAGCUUCAUAACUCCCGGUUUGGAACAAUGCAAGGACAAGUGCUUACAAAACUGCGAGUGUAAAGCAUACUCGGUAUUCGCUUACGGAAACGGAAGCCUGACGCAAAACUGCACAACCUGGAGCGGAGACUUAACUGACCUAGGAUGCUACAAUUCCUCCGCAGCUCAAACUCUCUACAUCCGACAAAACGGGGAGAUGAAGACGAAGACGAAGACGAAGAAAAAGAAGAAGAUGAGCAUCAUAGUGUACGUAAUCAUAGGAUUAUCUGUUUCCGCUCUGUGUCUUUUGUGCGUAGCCUUAUACUGCUACCGCAAAAGGAUUCAAAAGAAAUUAACACCAGCUCCGGCAGCCACGGACGAAGUGGAGAUGAGAUUGAUUCGGGAAGGAGCCACGGACGACCACGAAUCACUCCCACAAAUGGAGUUUUCCACAAUUGUGGAUGCCACCGAGAAUUUCUCGCAUCUGAUUGGCAGAGGAGGGUUCGGUAACGUUUACAAGGGAUUGUUACCCGAUGGGACAGAGAUUGCUGUGAAGAAACUGUCGGAGCAGUCAAAUCAAGGCAACGAGGAGUUCUAUACCGAGGCGACAUCAAUCCGACGGCUCAGACACGUGAACAUCGUCCGACUCUAUGGCUGGAGUGUUCACAAUGACGACAAGCUCCUGAUUUACGAGUACCUGGAAAAUGGAAGCCUGGAACGUCAUCUCUUCUCUGAGCCAUCUGGUGGUGGUGGCGACCUAGACUGGCCAAGGAGAUAUCACAUUGUGAAAGGUAUAGCCCAAGGGCUUGCCUAUAUCGAAGAAGGUUUUCAAGAUACCAUAGUCCACCGAGACUUAAAACCGGCUAAUAUCCUCCUCGACACCAACAUGACCCCCAAGAUUUCGGAUUUCGGGUUCGCCCGAGUCUAUGGAAGGGCCGAGGACGAAGCUUUCACGGAGCGUCCGUCUGGAACUUAUGGUUACAUGGCCCCGGAGUAUAUGCAAGGAGGGUCAUACUCGGCUAAGUCGGACAUCUUUAGUUUCGGCGUUACUGUCCUUGAGAUUUUAAGCUGUAAAAGGAACAAGACCUUCGCUGCUGACAUGGGUCUCAACGUCAACCUUCUAGAAUAUGCCUGGAUCAAGCUGGAUCAAGGCGACUAUUUGGAGGUUGUAGACGAGAAGAUCAGAGGAGAUUCUUUACCAGAUUGGCAAGUCCUGAGAUGCGUCCAAGUUGCUCUCCUUUGCGUUCAGCAACAGGCAAGUGAAAGACCAAAUAUGUCUUUGGUCGUCACUAUGCUCCAGGAAGAAGACUAUCCCACUCCCAAACCGCUACGUCCUGGCGUUAUCGCCGUUGCCUCAACUUCAUCGUGCCAAGACCCUUCCGGGUCUACUCCCACCCACAUCAUCGAACCCAUCACCCAAGUCUACCCCCGCUAG